UGAAACAUGUUACUUUAUCAUUUCUGAACGGCAAAAUAUGAUCCAUACAAAACAAGAAGUAAUGUAGUAUUAUAUACAUCAUAUUGGAUUUCUAUUAUUUUCGUUUUUACAUUUUUGCAAUGUUACGCUUACGCUUCAUGAAUCAAAAUAAUAUAUAAACACUGGGCAUUUUUGUUUUGUAAACGCCAGUAAACGCAGUAUCGCGUCGCAGAAGAUGGAUGCUUCUAAGCCGAGUUUAGUUCGUGCGUAAUUGAUUUCACUGUUGGAACAAAAGUGCUUAUUCUUUAUGCUUCAAUAUGAUAUCAUUUAUUGAUUUCAUGAAGGCGUUCGUGCGCGAAAGCAGGCUGAUCCCUUUCUUCAAGGCGGUGGCCUUGUACUUCAUAGCAGGCGACCUCGCGCCCUCGGUCUCGGCCGCGGCGCUCAAGUGCACGCCCCUGGUGUGGCUGCUGCUCACCGUAGCGGUUCGCGCGCCCGCCGCCACCCCGCCGCAACGGCAGUACACGCAGAGCGUAGCGGCCGGGCUGGCGCUGUCGGCGCUGGGCGACGCGCUGCUGGUGUGGCCGCAGCACUUCGUGGCGGGCAUGGCGGCCUUCGCGGGCGCGCACGUGGCCUACGUCCGCGCCUUCGGGCUGCGGCCGCGGCGCUACGGCGUGGCGCUGGCGCUGCUGGGCGGCGCGGCGCUGUUCCUGCGCGCCGCGCCGCCGCCCGCGCCGCUGGCCGCGCCCGUGGCCGCCUACGCGCUGCUGCUGGCCGCCAUGGCGUGGCGCGGCGCCGCGCGCGCCGGCCCGCAGCGCCGCGGCGCGCUGCUCUUCCUGCUGUCCGACGCGCUGCUCGGCUACGGGCUGUUCGCGGGGCCCGUGCCCUACGGCAAGGUGCUGGUGAUGUCGACGUACUACCUGGGCCAGCUGUGCAUCGCACACAGUGCGCUGGAGCAGCCGCCCGCGCCCACGACGCAGUAGCGGCGCAGAGUUUGG